AUGGUGAACGCGACAGCUCUCCCCGAGCAGCUCAUCUACUUGAUUAUACGCUUCACAGCGUCCGUACCCGAUCUCCCCCUCUCAAUCCACACACCUCGCACAAUCGCAACUCUCAGCCUCAAACAGCUUAUACGGCAACACCUCCCGUCCGAACAUGCCUCAGCGCGCCUGCGUCUGAUCUACGCAGGCAAGGUCCUCGCGGACACGGAUCCACUGUCUAAAUCGCUGCGACUCGCGCCGCCACCCGCGCCGCCUCCAAGGAACGCGAAGAACAGCAGCGGGGACGGAGGAGGGGAGGGAAGUAGCAGGGCCAAAGGGAAAGAGCCGUUGAGGGAGACACCAGCUGUAGAGUAUGGAACCACGACGGAAAUCCCUCAAGAUGCAAAAAAGUACUACAUACACUGUUCUCUCGGCGAUGCGUUAUCCGCGUCUGAACUCGCUAGCGAAGCCGCACUCGCUCAGAGUACUGACAUGGCGUUAAAGUCGCAGCACGCAACCUCAUCUACUGCCCCUUCUCAGCGACGCACAAGUAGUAGUAGUGGUAGUGCAACAAUAGACCACAAUGCCCGGCGACGUAGCUCCACUGCUACCGCAAAUACAGCGAAUACCGUCCCCGCGGCACAAGGCUUCGACAGACUACUCUCCUCGGGCUUCACGCGCGACGAAGUAGCUUCGCUCCGCGCCACUUUUGCCCAAAACCUCUCCUUCACACAUACCCCCGACACCAUGCCCACGCCCGCGCAAAUCCGUGUCUUGGAAGAUCGCUGGCUCGACUCGUCUGCCAACGACCCUUCUGCUUCCCUUGCCAAUCCUUCGGCAACUGGAGGAGCAGGUGCUGGUGGAGAAACUGGCUGGGGCGCGGGCUUCGCGGUGGAAGAAGGUGGGCUGGACGAUAUGCUGUAUGGUUAUUUGACGGGCUUCUUUUUCCCGCUGGGUAGUCUGGUGUGGGGGUUUAGAGAAGAGGGGGUUUGGACGCGCAGGAGGCAGGUUGCUGUCGUCAUGGGCGUUUUACUGAAUUGUGUUUUUGGAUUUAUGAGAUGGGGUGGGUAG